AUGAAGGCUGGCGUGGUCACCGGAGACCUGGCUUGGGCUCUCUUGCAGCAUGCCAAGGAACACAAGUAUGCCAUCCCAGCUUUCAACUGCACCAGCUCCAGCACCAUCAACUCUGUCCUCGAAGCGGGCAAGGAACUCAACCGUCCAGUGAUGAUCCAGUUUUCCGAGGGAGGCUCUGCCUUUGUUGCAGGAAAGGCGCUGCCAAAUGAGAAGGGCAAGCUGCAGGCUUCAAUCCUUGGAGCUGUUGCGGGUGCUCACUUUGCACGCGCAGUGGCUCCGGCCUACGGCAUCCCGGUCCUCGUGCAUUCGGACCACUGCGCAAAGAAGUUGUUGCCAUGGUUUGACGGUAUGUUGGAGGCAGACGAGGCAUACUUCAAGGAACAUGGAGAGCCAUUGUUCUCUUCUCACAUGCUGGAUUUGUCCGAGGAGCCAGAUGAGGAAAACAUCGCGAUUUGCGAGAAGUAUUUGAAGCGCAUGGCCCCCAUGAAGCUUAUUCUGGAGAUGGAGAUCGGGAUCACAGGUGGCGUUGAGGAUGGUGUCGACAACAGCGGAGCUGCUAAGGAGAAGCUGUAUUCCACGCCACAAGAUGUGUUCGCCGUCUACAAGGGCCUCAACCCAAUUUCUCCCAUGUUUACCAUUGCGGCAGCCUUCGGCAAUGUCCACGGAGUUUACAAGGCUGGCAACGUCGUUCUGAAGCCAGAGAUUCUGCAGGACAUGCAGGACUAUGCAAGGGAGCAGAUCAAGGCAUCCACUGGCAAGGACAUCGAGAGGCCACUGAAUUUUGUGUUCCACGGUGGUUCUGGAUCUGAAAAGCACCAUAUCGCCACUGCAUUGAAUGCUGGCGUUGUGAAGAUGAAUGUGGACACUGACACGCAGUGGGCCUACUGGGAAGGCUUGCUGAAGUUCUACAAAUCCAAGGAGGGUUACUUGCAAGGUCAGAUUGGCAAUCCAGAAGGUGAGGACAAGCCGAACAAGAGCUACUAUGACCCUCGCAAAUGGAUCCGCGAGUGCGAAGUGACCAUGGUCAAGCGUGUGAAGGACGGACUGCAGUGGUCCAUCAGAGCUGGCGUGGUAACUGGAGACCUCGCAUGGUCCCUGCUGCAGCAUGCCAAGGAGCAUAAGUAUGCAAUUCCGGCCUUCAACUGCACAAGCUCCAGCACCAUCAACUCAGUUCUUGAAGCGGGCAAGGAGCUAAACCGACCCGUUAUGAUCCAGUUUUCCGAGGGUGGUUCCGCGUUUGUUGCUGGCAAGUCCCUUCCCAAUGAGAAGGGAAAGCUACAGGCCUCCAUCCUGGGAGCUGUCGCAGGCGCUCACUUUGCCCGGGCGGUAGCUCCGGCUUACGGCAUCCCAGUCCUUGUGCACUCGGACCACUGCGCAAAGAAGUUGCUGCCAUGGUUCGAUGGUAUGUUGGAGGCAGACGAGGCAUACUUCAAGGAACAUGGAGAACCACUGUUCUCUUCCCACAUGCUCGACCUGUCCGAGGAGCCAGAUGAGGAAAACAUCGCGAUUUGCGAGAAGUAUUUGAAGCGCAUGGCCCCCAUGAAGCUUAUUCUGGAGAUGGAGAUCGGGAUCACAGGUGGCGUUGAGGAUGGUGUCGACAACAGCGGAGCCGCUAAGGAGAAGCUGUAUUCCACGCCACAAGAUGUGUUCGCCGUCUACAAGGGCCUCAACCCAAUUUCUCCCAUGUUUACCAUUGCGGCAGCCUUCGGCAAUGUCCACGGAGUUUACAAGGCUGGCAACGUCGUUCUGAAGCCAGAGAUUCUGCAGGACAUGCAGGACUAUGCAAGGGAGCAGAUCAAGGCAUCCACUGGCAAGGACAUCGAGAGGCCACUGAACUUUGUUUUCCACGGUGGCUCUGGAUCUGAGAAGCACCACAUCGCCACUGCUUUGAAUGCUGGCGUUGUGAAGAUGAAUGUGGACACUGACACGCAGUGGGCCUACUGGGAAGGCUUGCUGAAGUUCUACAAGGCCAAGGAGGGUUACUUGCAGGGUCAGAUUGGCAAUCCAGAAGGUGAGGACAAGCCGAACAAGAGCUACUAUGACCCUCGCAAAUGGAUCCGCGAGUGCGAAGUGACCAUGGUCAAGCGUGUGAAGGAGAGCUGCGCGGACCUUUCGAAUGUGAACGCUUAA